CACUUCACUGUCAACUGUCCAUGCAUCUUCGUCUCUGAACUUAAAGUUUUCUUAAUCAUUAUUCGUCUUGAACUGGUCCAAGCUCGCUUGGGCUCUUUACCGCAGACACGCUCGUCAUCUUCUAGGCGUCUAGAAUCCCCAAAAACUCGUCCCAAGGGAAGGAGAUUCGUGACCUGUUCGUCGCUGCAACGCCAAAGAGCUCGACUGUUUGGCUUCUUAUAUCUAAGAACUGGUGCUUCGCUUCGAGUUCUGUGCUUUAUCAGUCGUUUCAUCUCGUUGGUCAGGAACAUAUUUGCGCAUACAAGACAGAGAAGUGCGAUAAUUGUGAAUAUCAAGCCCAUCAAUUGAGUUGAGACCGAGGAAACUGGUUGAAUCUGCAGUAAGCUAUGGGCUUACGUAACCCAAGAUCGAUAAGAGUUCAGGAUGAAGUUGAAUUUUCUGAGCUCCCAACUCUUAGUGAAGAUGGAUCCAUUAGGCUCUCAUACAACAAUGCUAGGAAGCAAGCAUAUGAACCAAGUUUCAUGGAGAGAGAGGACAAGGCGUCACGGAAAAACCCGACUUCCUUGAGAACGAAAAUACUCUGCAGAGUCUUCUCUGAGGAUUACGAGAGAGGGAAAAGAAAAAUUCUGGAUCCUCGUGGAAAGACUAUGCAGCGGUGGAACAGAGUUUUCUUGGUGGCGUGCUUAAUUUCACUGUUCGUCGAUCCUCUGUUCUUUUACUUGCAAGUAGUGUGGGAGGAACAGUGCAUAAACAUUGGGGUGCCCCUUGAAGUCAUCCUCACUGCCGUCCGAUCACUGGUCGACAUCUUUUACGUGAUUCAGAUUUACAUUCGGUUCCGUACGGCUUAUGUGGCGCCUUCUUCCCGUGUUUUUGGGAGAGGUGAACUCGUAAUUGAUCCUUCAAAGAUUGCGCGAAGGUACUUCAGGAGAGGUUUUUGGAUUGACUUCAUCGCCGCGCUCCCACUUCCUCAGGUGUUGAUAUGGGUGAUCAUCCCCAAUCUUGGGGGUUCGACAAUCGCCAACACGAAAAAUGUUCUUCGCUUCAUUAUUAUUUUCCAGUACCUCCCAAGACUCUUUCUUAUCGUUCCACUGUCGUCACAAAUUGUGAAGGCCACCGGUGUUGUCACAGAACAAGCUUGGGCUGGAGCUGCUUAUAAUCUGAUUCUUUACAUGCUCGCAAGCCAUGUUUUGGGAGCCUGCUGGUACCUCCUGUCCAUCGAACGGCAAGAAGCAUGUUGGAAAUCCGUGUGCAACAAAGAGAAGUCAUCUUGCGAUUAUCAAUUCUUUGAUUGUCACAAAGUCGAUGAUCCUGCCAGGAAUGCCUGGUUUCAGUCAAGCAACGUCACAGAGUUAUGCAGACCAAGUAGCGGGUAUUAUGAGUUCGGGAUAUACGGUGAUGUGCAGACGCACGCUCUGAGUGCUUCACCAUUUCUGAACAAGUACUUUUACUGCCUCUGGUGGGGCUUGAAGAACCUGAGUUCCUUGGGGCAAAACUUGUCGACGAGCACAUACGUUGGAGAAAUCAUAUUCGCCAUCAUCAUCGCCACUCUUGGCUUGGUGCUCUUCGCACAGCUCAUCGGCAAUAUGCAAAGAUACCUCCAAUCGUCAACAGUCCGGUUAGAGGAAUGGAGGGUAAAGAGGAAUGACACCGAAAGAUGGAUGCACCACAGGCAGCUGCCGCCAGAGCUGAGGCAGUCUGUUAGGAAAUACGAUCAGUACAAGUGGGUCGCCACUAGGGGAGUUGACGAAGAAGCUAUUCUGAGAUGCCUCCCUAUGGAUCUGCGGAGAGACAUCAAGCGACACCUCUGCCUCGAUCUAGUCCGACGUGUACAUCUGUUUGAUCAGACGGAUGAUAGGACACUAGAUGCGAUCUGUGAAAGGCUCAAACCCGCCUUGUGCACUGAAGGAACGUUCUUAGUGCGUGAAGGCGACCCGGUCAAUGAGAUGCUCUUCAUCAUCCGAGGCCACCUCGACUCUUACACCACCAAUGGAGGCCGCACCGGGUUCUUCAACUCGAGCCGCAUCGGUCCGGGAGAUUUCUGCGGUGAAGAACUGCUCACGUGGGCCCUGGAUCCAAACCCCAGUAUUAUCCUACCAUCGUCGACCCGCUCGGUCAAAGCCCUCUCUGAAGUGGAGGCCUUCGCGCUAAGGGCAGAUGACUUGAAAUUCGUGGCGUCACAGUUCCGGAGACUUCACAGCAAGCAACUUAGGCACAAGUUUAGGUUCUACUCGCACCAUUGGCGAACAUGGGCUGCAUGCUUCAUACAAGCGGCGUGGAGGAGAUUUAAGCGACGCAAAGAAAUCGCCGAGCUCAGGGCUAGAGAAAGUUCCAUUGUUUUUUCUGAAGUCCGGACUCUAUCUUCUAAGUCCGGAUGGGGCGCGCAUGACACAGAAAUUGGAUCUAGCUCUAUAAGGAGCUUUCAUAAGCACUCGGGAUCGGGUUCUAGCAUCGUCAUUGCAUUGCAGAAGCCGGCGGAGCCGGACUUUUCGGUAGAUGUGGAUUGAAUUGUUAACUGAACUUGAUUCGGCUCGAUUCGGAAUUCGCAUGACAUAGUAUGUAUAGAUUCUUUUUUUUGCCUAUUCUUUGUUUCUUUGGUUCAAUGAGAUCAGAAUUUGAUGUUUAAUUUUUUAUCCAGUCAGGUUCUUGAAAUCCUGAGUGUAGAUUGAGGACAUUGGCUUUGUAACAGUUUUGAAUAGUCAGCAUCAUACAGUAAAUUAUACAGAUCAGUUGCAGACAGUUGAUUAGAGAAA